AUGUCGCUGCUGCACUUUUGGGAGACACAGCGUUCCGUGAAACGAAGAAAGACUUCUGGAGAGGCUUCUGACACCACACCCACUCCGAAAUCGGAGGAGACGCCUGGCGAAGACAGUGCCAGUGCCAGUGAUAGACGGCCAGCGAGCCCGAGUCCCUCAACAGGUGCUGCGGACAGUACGCUCAUAACGGGGAAUGAUGAACACGAACACGAACACCAAAUUAAGAGCAGCCAGACAGAGUUGGAGACCUCUCUUCCUGCAAUCGAGACUGAUGAACAUGCCAUUCGAGAAUACGAGGCAUCUCAAUCCCAGACUGAGCAAGGCGACGAGACAGAACCUGGGCUACAUGUGAGAUUGCGAGAUGGUGUAUGGCAGAAGGGGAAAAGUUCCAUCUACGUAGAUGCGUUCAAUCUAGCACUGGAAACUGUGCUAGAGGAGGAAUCGCACCUCUUCGAUUCUGCUGAACUGUGCAUAUUUAACGAGUGGAGGGGACUAGCCUACGAAUCUCAAUACUUAUAUGUGAGGCUGUUUCUUCGCAAGACCUCUGCAUGGCAUCGUAUCAAUCGCCUGGGCUAUUAUUCCGAUAUAUCGGAUCUAUCCUCCGUAGCCGCGGAUUUACAAUUAGACCGCAGCUUACCGAAACUCGAGAACGAGGAUGAGGACGUGGACGAGGACGAGAAAGAAACAUCACCAAACCUGAAGCCAUCGUUCAGAUUCGCAGAUGGCACGAACGAGAUCACAACAUUAGAAGAAGCAUCUUCAUUACUCCUCCUAGACGAACUAAAAGGAUUUGCCAAAGAAGCCAAAGCCCAAGGCAAAAACAAGAAAGAACUCAUAUCCGCCCUACGCGAAAGCAGUCAAUCCCAAUCCGGCCUCGGGUUCAAGCAUAAAAGCCAUCCUACCAACCAAUCCACAACAAACCGAGAUAGUCACUUCCUCCAAAAGAUUCUCGAUUACACUGGCGACUGCAUCCGCCUCACCGCGAAACCACGCGCCCUCUUCGAACGAGUCCACCUAGUCUUCUACCGAUCAACAGAAUGGACCGAGAAAUCCCUGACAACAAUAAUCCUCGCGAAAAUCUCCCGCCGCAAUUUCCCCAACUACAUCGUCUGUCGCUCGAACUCGAUCUUCCCGUCCCGAAAAGCGUUGUUGGAAUUCGAGUCCGCGCUCCGCACGCAGUUCGACAUUGACAAUAUCCUCGAAUUCAACGGUCCGCCUACAACGCAGUCCUUGCAGAGUAUCAUCGACUUGGCCGUGGGCAUCCACCCGCGCUGGACAGCGCUUGUCAGUGAAGAACAGGUCAAAGAAAAUAGUAUCUACGAAAGUGGCGAGGGCGCUUAUCUACGCCGUUUCUCGCCGGCUUGGGUGUAUACGCGGAUCAUCCAUAAAAGUCUGCACCCGCUUGGUCGAUUCAAGGAGCAUAAGCGUGAGCACGAGGUUAUUUGCGAACUACUCGCGCAGAGAUUAUUCCACGCCAGUCGGCGCGGCGCUUGGUAUCAGCGGAAAGCGCUGUUGGAAGAACACUACAUGUGGGCACUCACGCCCAGCGAAGAGCGGAAUGAGAGAGAAACAGCGCAAGUUCUGGAAACGGGUUGCGCUGAGGACAAGCGGAUUACGAAGCUGGAGAAGGCUUUGAAAUUUGUUAAGAGGGAGCAGCAUGAUUUUGGGCAUGUUAUGCUUUCUAAACCUGCGGAGCGGACUAUUGAGGGGAUUCGGAUUGAUCGCGAUGAUGAUCCGAUUGCGACUGCUACUGCUGCUGCUGCUUCUAAACGGGGUAAGCCUACGGUCUGGAUCGAUGAACGCGAGGGAGGCGAGUGUCGGGUUGAAAGCAUGUGUCUGAGCUGGUAUCGGGAUAAUGGUUGGAAGGGAUAUCACUCUGAAGGAGGUAUUGUGCGGACAUUAUUCGCCUACCUCUUCUACGAUAUAUUAUUCACCUAUGUGCCCAAUGUGUUUCAGACGCCCUUUCAGACUUGUCCGCUAGAUCUGCAUACGGAUGUGUUCUAUCCAUCCCGUGCGUCGGAGAUAAACCACAGACUUGUCGAGAUCACGAACGGUGACGCGGAGCGAAUUGUGCGAGAAGUCCAUGAUCGUGAAUCUGCGGCGCAGCCUUGCGCUAUUGGUCUUGAUUGGUCCUUUGAAUUGGAUGAUUUGGUGGAGAUCGCGCAGAGUUUCCGCGGUGAGGCCCUUGCGACUAUUUGCAAGGUUAUGGCGCAGGAGUAUCAGCAGCGUGGCGGUGGUAUUCCGGAUCUCUUCUUGUGGAAUUAUGAGAGCCGGACUGUUAUGUUUUCUGAAGUCAAGUCUGAGAAUGAUCGGUUGAGUGAUACUCAGCGAUUGUGGAUUCAUAUUCUGCUUGGGGCUGGCGUUCAGGUUGAGUUGUGCAAUGCUGUUGCAAGGGAGGUGAGGACGGGAUGA